AAAUUGUUUUAUUUACUAAUACUAAAAUUUGCUAGAAUAAGGACAUUAUUGCAGUUCAGGCUUAAUUUUGAUUAUUCUAAGAGUUCUAAAUAAAACUCCUAUGAGUAUGAGUUGCUCAUAUACUUCCAAAAAAGUUUAAAAAUAGUGUUGUGUCCGGCCUUAUAUAUGUCCGGCGAUCUAACUAUUAAAAAGAAAAGGGAUUAAUCGCAGAACUAAACGUAAUACGUAAAUACCUGUGGGCUGUGUCUAUCCUUUAAAGGAAACAAGAGAAAUGAAAGUGGUGGACAAGAAAAAGAUCAGUAGUUAAUCAAGGGACAAAUAAACAACCAAAGUACAAGCUCUACCUUCAUAAUAUACUACAAAAUAAUACUAGUGAUACAAAUAAGGACAGUAAAAAUAUCAAUAUUAAAAACUGAGAUUGUACUAAGAUUAUUAUUGAUGCAAUUUUAAUUUCACCAACUCGGGCCAUAAAAAUAUCUGUAAUAUAAUUCAAAGUACUGAAAGAUAAUUCAAAUAUUGAUAGUACUGUUAGUAACAAGAAGAGUGCUGACUGUGCAAACAUUAUUAAUUCAAAUGCUGAUUCUAUAAACAAUGAUGAAAUAAAUACUGAAAAUUCGAAUACUACAACAAUUGUGUAAAGUUUGAUAACAAAAAUACCGUUAUUGCAAAAUUAAAGAAAAUUUCCACAGAUAAGCGGAAUAUUUCUAAAACGAAUCUAAGUGAUAUUUCAUGUUCAUUAGGCUUGUUUUUUUAAUUACAUAGCCUAAAUAUGUCUAUUUCAAACAAAUCAAAAUCAAUUAAAAAUGUUAAAUCUUCGUCACAAUUACCAUAUUUCGCACCCCAUCAGGUCUCUUCAAGACUGAAGCCACAACAUCAGUUGAAAAAUGACCAUCAACAAAUGAAUUCAUUCAGUUCAGAUGAAUUUGCAUCAACUAUUAAUAACCUGGAAGAUUCGAGUUCAACAAGUGAAUUUCUGUCUUCUGCACCUGGUCCUUCAGAGUCCAUAUUUCAGCUUCAAAAAGAAAGUCCAAUACCACAAAAUUUUUGGAUAAAGCCAAAGAAAAAUUCAGUUAAAAUAGUCAUUAAUUCUCUGAAGUCGAAUCAAAGGAAACCAAGUAAAAACGAUUCGCCAGACGACGAACUAAAUGACGAUCCAUUUUCCAUCGCUCAGCCUAAAAACAGUAUACCAGUUGUAGGUCUAGACAAUAGUAAUAACCCACCGCCAUUUAUGAUCACAUUGAAACAACAGCAGAACAUCCAAGCUAAAUUAGAAGAAAAACAAGCUAGGAAACUACAAACAAGAAAUAUCAUCGAGGUUCCUACAAAUUCAGACAAAAAGUCAACUGAUAACAAGCCAUCUCAAUUAUCACCAGUUGUCCACAGCAAACUAGAAAUACCUCAUAGAAAAAUUACGAAUGAUCAGAUGGUCAGCGGAAAUCACGCCAUACCAAUUCAUUAUCCAGCCGGAGUACCAAAACAAUUUGUAAUAAAUCAAGGUCAUUUUGGAGCUAUCGAGCCGCAAAGGGUUUCAGGAAACCGACCACGAAUUUUUGCCAAUCCUGCCAGUGCCAAUCCGCCAACGGCUGAUCUCGUUGCCAGCACUAACACUGGUCAGAAUGUGUCUGCUCAACAUGCCAAUGACAACGUUGGUGAACGACAAGUCUAUUCACCGACAGGCUUGUAUGAAAGUUUCAAACGUAAUGAAGAUGACCUUGAAGAUUUUGAAUCUCUGGAAGACUACGAGCCGGCUGAGAAGCGACAGAGCGCGUUCGACAGACUGGGCCCGGUGGCGCAGGCGAAGAAGCCCAAACUUACCAUCAAUCUCAGCUUGAGCAAGGACCAAUCUGUCAGGGAAGUUGUGGAGACGGAGCCCGUGCCCAUUUACGAGGACGAGAGGAUCCUCAACAGCACAGAUGAGACGGUGGCGAAGCAUCGAGACGCGUGGCCGUGGAAGAACCACGUGGUCACUAAGAAGACGGUCACUCUGAGACCCUCCAAGACAGUCAUGAUGAUGGAGCAGGAGAAAAUGGAGGAAAUUUACGAUAAAGAUACUGCUUUUGUCAUGAUUACGGUGACAGGAUAUCCUCCGACAUGGAAAAAGGAAGAUUUGCUGGAUUUAAUGUUAGAAAAUCUAUCAGGAAAAAGUUUUGUCCCAUGUUUUAUAGACUUUACACCAAAAGAAUGCAGAUUCUUUGUGUUACGGGUCCGUAGUGCGUUGCUAGCGAUCCACUGGAUGGGCUUCGUGAUGAGGAAGGAUGACGUGGAGCUGGUGCUAUCCAUCUCCACCACCACCAUCUCCUCAAACAGACUCAACUUCAUCCCAAGAAUGGUGCUGAAGCGACGCCUGGCUAUGAACUACGACGGUGAAACUAAACUGGAUUUGAGCAACUUUACACUGGAGUACGAUGUCAGUCAUUUCAUAUACUUCCCACUAAAACGUGUGUCCAAUCAAGAUGAACUAGUGCGCAUACAGAGCGACAUCUACUGGGAGUACCUGACUGAACUAAACUUAUCCCACAACAAUAUCACAUCAUUGGAGGGUUUCAAACUCGAAGAAACAACGCCUAAACUAAAAACCCUCGAUCUCUCGUACAAUCUCAUACAGAAUAUUAAACCUUUGAUGCAAUGUAGGAAACUGACGUUGAAAAAGUUAUUUCUUGAAGGGAACCCUCUAUGUACGGACUAUACUGACCCCGACCGGUAUGUGAAGGUCAUGAGGACUCUGUAUCCGACAUUACGGGAAUUGGACGGCGUACCAAUCGUCUUAAAAGGCGAGGUACCUCCAUACCUGAAGAACUACUGUCCAGAAGGUGCCAAGGCUGUAGUCGAGAAGUUUCUAGAAGUAUAUUUCCCAUUACUCGAACAGCCUCCAGAUGAUAGGGAUUACAUGUUUUCCUUAUAUGCGGAGAAGGCAGUCAUGACUAUAACCUAUAGGAAUAGAAUACGUUAUGAGCACAAGUACAAAGACGCGUGGAAUGUACUGAUGAAGGGGCGCGUGCUGCUCGAAGGCAAGGGUGGCGAGGUGUGCGGCGGGGAGGCCAUCGUCAAGCUGCUGGGCCGCUGGCCGAGCCUGCAGCACGACCCCUCCACCUUCACCGUCGACGUCAUGUUGCAUAGCGUGAGUGUGCAGUAGUCUGGUGAAGGGGUGCUGCUCGAGGGCAAGGGCGGCGAGGUGUGCGGCGGGGAGGCCAUCGUCAAGCUGCUGGGCCGCUGGCCGAGCCUGCAGCACGACCCCUCCACCUUCACCGUCGACGUCAUGUUGCAUAGCGAGUCGUCAACCAUUGUCCGUGUGACCGGUUUGCUGAAACUGACGGCCGAGUCCUUAGCCGAGGACGAAACAUUCCUGGCGUUCACGCGCACGUUUCACUUGCACACCAAAAACGGAUGCGAAUACAAAAUAUACAACGACAUGCUGUAUUGGGACGAACCGACGCCGGAGUACUCUAAGAAGGCCUUCCGAACGGUUUCGAUUCCAACGAAAAAUGUGUUGGAUAUAAAAUUUGAAAAAACUCCAGAUGUUGACACACAAAAGCGACUUUUGCAAGUGUUCAUGAAAUUGACGGAACAAGAAAAAUCGACUAGUGAAAGGUUUUUGGAGGCAAAUGACUGGCAUAUGAAGCUCGCUUUGGAGAGCUUUGUGAAGCACAUAAAAUUCGACAGAGUCUACUGAAAUUAAUUAUAUCUUAAACUAUUAAUAAAGGACCUCUGUACCUGUGUGUACAUUCAUUAGUAAUUUAUGAAAUAAACUAAGUUAAAUAAA